UGAUUCCCCCUCCAGUGCAGUAGGUGGCAGCAGGCACGUUUCCUACAGCUAAAGGAGUUUACAAAUUCAGUCGAAGAAGUAUUUCAUUAUGCUCGUAUGAUUGCUUGAAACAGCUUUUGAAGAUUCAUAACAGGGAUUAUAUUUAUUAAGAUAUUUUCAUUUUUGGUAAUCUGACAAAAUGCCCAAAUAUUACGAAGAUAAAGAAGAUGAUUACAGAGCGUGUGCGGGUGUCAGAGAAGACUUAAAAACGUGUCUCCUUCAGCACGACUGUGUUACCAAGGAGGGGAAGAAGCCAAGCCAAUGCUUGAAAGAAGGUCACUGCAAAGGUCUGCAAGUGUCGUUCUUCGAAUGCAAGAGGUCCAUGUUGGAUAACAGAUCACGAUUCAGGGGCAGAAAGGGAUACUGAUGGGAAGAGAAUGACUGGAUGUGCAAUUGUACAUAACAAUGUAUAUAAAAUAAUUUGAAAACAA